AUGUUAAGAAUAUUUAGUAAAUGUAGAUUCUCAACACAAAAUUUUUAUUAAUUACUGGGAGUUCGUAAAGAUUCUACAAAUGAAGAGAUAAAAAAGCAAUUUCAUAUUCUGGCCAAAAAGCAUCAUCCUGAUUCUCCAAAUGCUAAGGAGAGUGAUUAAGUAUAAAUUAAUUUAAAUUAUAGGAAUUGUUUAAAUCAAUAGUAGCAGCAUAUAAUACAUUAUCAGAUGAAAAUGAGAGAAAGAAAUAUGAUAGGAUUUUGAUAGAAUAAUAGUAAUAAUCUAAUGGGAGAUAAUAGAAUUAAGAAACAAGAACCUAAUAUUCUUAAUAAUAAAGACAGUAACAAUACAGACCUAUAAAUCCUAAUGCAUAGUUUUACUAUGAUUUUCGUAGGAAAACAUAAGAUUUCGAAGAGAGAGACUUUCAUAGACAAAGACACAAAUAUAUUUAAGACAAUCCAUUAUUUUAUAGUAUGAGGAACAGUCCAGAAUUGUAUGUAGUAAGUUUAGUAUUUUUUGUUAUAAUGUGGAGAUGGAAUUCUUAAAUGAUUGAAGAGAGAACCUAAUCUAGAUAUUAGUCAUUUCCAGAGGAUCCUGAAUUUAUAAGAGAGAAAGAAAGAGAUUACAAGAAACGUUAUGGUUAUUCACCUUAUCCAAAUAGAUAAAUAUUGUAUAAAGUAACAGAAAAAGAAUGCAAGUAAAUAGAUAAAUGAUAAAAUAAGAAACAUUCCAAUUCAAAUUCUUGAUGAGAUGGAUGAGAGUGGCAGAUACAAUAUGGACCCAUUUUGUUAUGAGAGAUUGGAUAGAUUUAAAUCAGAAUAGGGAGUUUAAGUCAUAUAAGGAAAUCAAGAUUCAGAAGAUACAGUUAAUAAAUACUUAAAAUUGUCAAAAAAAACAUAAAUUAAAAAAUAAAUUGUGGAUGAGGAAGAAGAUAAUGAUUAAGAUGUCUCUAAAUUAUAUUAAUAGGCAAAGAUCUUUAGAAGACUCAAAGGUCUUGAUUGUAAUCAUUUUAAUUUAUAAAAUGUAUAAAAUUUGUAAAAGAAUUAGGAAUAAUAAUAAUGA